AUGCAGGAAAAUGAUGGACGACAACUUGAGUGGCUCAAAGCGAAUUCCAGGCUUCGUGAAUUGGAUGGCAAAGUUGCUAUUUAUGAAGUGAAAAUGAACGUAAUUCCUGUGGAAGAAGGCCUGGAGAAACGUGUCAUUGGAAGCGAUCAUAAGGCUUUAUAUGCGUCCACUCGAUAUAUCCUCGUCAUUGGUCGAACAGGAGCCGGGAAGACUACAUUCAUCAAUGCCCUCUUCAACUACUUUGUCGGCGUCGAUUACGAUGAUGCUUUCAGAUUCAUUAUUGCUUCUUCACCAAAUGAUGACGAUCAAGCACAAAGUCAAACCAAGAAUGUGACAGCUUACACUAUUCAAUGUCUUCAUGGGUGUCGAUUCAGAUACAGCCUAACAAUUGUGGAUACUCCUGGUUUUGGGGACACUGUAGGCAAAGAAGAGGAAGAGAUAAAUUGGUUGAAGGUACAGAAAUUGUUUACGAGCAAAGAAUUUGGACUCGAUCGACUUCAUCUAGUUGCAUUCGUUGUCCCAUCGUCAGAACAACGUCUUUCAGCUAAUAAUGAGAACAUUUACGCCAAAGUCACCUCCAUUUUCGGAAAGGAUGUGGAGAAUAACUUUCAUAUUGUUGUUACUCAUUGUGAUAUGAAGGCAAAAAAAGAACAUCCAGUAAUGAAGACACUCAGGAAAGCCGGUAUUCCAUCACAGUUUGGGUAUUAUGUCAAUCUUCAAGGAAUACUCACCAAAGACAAGGAUGACCAGCAAGAGAAGUACGCGUGGAAGACGCAGAAAGAAGAGCUGCACAAAAUGUGUGAGUACUUGGAUGAAGGCUUGACGCCUGUGAGUCUCACAUUGACCAAGGAAAAUCUAAAGAAAUUGCAAGAUAUCGAGGCAACACUACGGAAACUGGAAUACUCCAUACAAGAAAAGUCUGGGAGAAAUCGUCGCACGACACAGGAAUUCGAAGAAGAAAUGAAAUUGGCAAAGGAGUUGCAUGAAACGUUCGAAGAACACAAGUCGAGAGCAAUGAAACCAUACUUACCCUACAUUCGUCAAUUCAUCUGCAUUCUCCUGGAGAAAGAUCAAGAGACGCUUAAAAUAUUUUGCGGCCAGAUGAGGACUGAACACAUUGAUACAUAUGAGAAAGCCAAGAAAAAGGUUGAAGAAGUUCUUCGUGAGAAAGAGCGCAAACGCCAAGAUCGAGAGAAAGGACUCUUAUCCCGGUUUGUGUCUCUCUUCGGAUUUAAAUAAAAAAUUCAGAGAAAAUUUGAAGAUGGAACAUGAAGAAUGGAGACCGAGUGUGUGUCUGUUUUAAACGAGUGGGAACAGUGCAUGUGAAGGAUUCCAAGCCGAUAUCGAAUCUAAGGGUGCAGAGCAAUAGAGAGAA